AUGAAUGGCCAUUCGGGAGCCAUGUCGCCUGUCUCCGUCGAUGGCAGCGACUGGUCCGGCAUCAACCAAUACCAAAAGUCGGACGCGCCCUUUUCGCCAACAUUUCCCUCCUCUCGUAGCAACUUAGCUACACCCCCAACCUCAGUCGUCCCUAGCGCUCCCCUGAGCCCCAACGGUACCGGUCUCCCGCUGCCGGGCAGCGGGAACCCAUCUCCGCCCAGCUCUGUGGGUGGCGCGAGAUCCAGCUCAGGAACCUUGGGCGGUGACACACGCGAUGGUGGCCGAAGACGCCGACAGAUGGAGGAGAUAUUACAUCAGCACUAUGUGACAUUCAAACGGUUCCUCAGUGCCACUUACCGCGAAGACCGAAUCAACGGCCGAUCCAACAAAGCCCGCGAUAAGCUCCUGCGACUCUCGCCGACCCAGUUCCACGAACUGAGUACCGACGUCUAUGACGAGCUUAUUCGCCGACAACAAGCCACACCUCCUCCUGGCCGCCCACCUCGUCCUGACGUACCUGCCUUCCUCCUUCCCCGUGCCAACUUUCAUGAGAAACGGAACCAGGCCCGCGAGAAGCUCGCUUCGCUUCAGCCCCAGCGAUUUCGCGAUCUCGCGACCGAUGUCUUCUGUGAGCUGGAGCGCCGUUUCCCACCGUUCACGGGUCGUCGUCCUUCGCCGGGCAUGCCGCCGGACGGUCGUCGUUCGCAGUCUCGUGGUCCUCCGAGUCGCAAUGGUCGAGGUUAUCCAUCUGGUGGUCCUCCUAGCCCAUUCCCUCCUCGACAGGGCUCGCUUGGAGGUCCGCCCCCGGGCAUGAAUGGAGAUGGCCCCUUCCCUCGAUCUUUCCAGAGUAACACUAUGGUUCCGAAUAAGAGCACGAUGGUUGAGGAUAGUGAUGAUAUGGGAGGAGAAGAUGAUGAUGAUGCCCGGAGCGAUGCAUUUGCGCUGGAUGCAGUUUUGAGCAGACGAGCCACAACUACAACUCUUGGUGAUGGAGAACGAAAAUUAUUGCUGGAUAGUCAAGCGCAGGUGUCAGCAUUGCAAGAGAAAGUGGAAAAACUGGAAGAAUUAGUCCGUUGCAAGGAUGAGGAGCUGUCCCGGUCAGCAGACUCAGAUCAAUCUGCGGUCAGCCAUAGUGAACGCCAGGAGUGGGAUGAUCUACGACAGGAUUUGGAGAGCAAGGUGUCGCAGGCCGAAGACCUCAACAACUCACUCCAGGAGGAGCUUGAACGGGUUCGAGCAGAGCAUGAUAAUGUGGAGCAGGAGCUUCGCCAUCAGCUUGAUGAGGUUGUCCGGGAGUCUGGGGAUCCAGACCUAAUGGCUCGAUUCUCUGAUCUGGAAAUCAAGCACCAGAGUCUUCAGAGCGAGCUACAGCAGCAACAGCAGGUUACCACCGAGGUCCGGCGCGAGGCAUCUGAGUUCCUCAUGGAGAUGAAAACCCUUACAGCCCAGAGCCAUGCUUAUUGGGAACAAGAAGAGCGGAUGUCCAAUGAUAUCCAGAAACUCCAAGAUGAAGUCAACAAUUGGAAGAAUCGCUACGCAAAGGCGAAAGCUCAGCAGGGUCAUCUUCGCACUUCCUCUGUUGGCAUCUCAGAAGUUCGACCUGAUGCAAGCAUUAUUGCCAAGGAGCACGAGCUGGUGCAGGCCGAUGGUGUGGUGAAGGAUAUUCAUGUGACCAAGUUCCAGAUGUCGAUUGACGAGCUACUACGCGUUGCACGCUUUGGAGAUGCCCAGGAGGUAUCCAGCCAUGUCAAGGCUGCUAUCGUUACCGUUCGUUACAUGAUUCAGGAUGUGGAUCAGGCACCUCCUCCAGUUGAUGGCACAGCUGCUCUUCGCAUGAAGGCUAAGAACAGAGUGACUGCCACUGCAAACAAUAUGAUCACUGCUGCUCGUAAUUUCACUGGCUCCAGUGGUCUUUCCCCGGUCUCCUUGCUAGAUGCCGCCGCCUCGCAUCUUUGCACUGCCGUUGUGGAGAUGGUACGAGUGGUUAAAAUCCAAGCAUCACCAGCGGAGGAGCUUGAGGAGAAUCUGGAAGAGGAGGAGGCCGACCUUUCCCAGGAGAAGUACCCAGACUACUUCAGCACAAGUGCCAGCCAAAGGCGCUAUAGCAACCAUUCUGAAUAUAGUGCCAUAAGCCCACCCGAGCAUGACCAUCCGGCUAUGCAAAACGGGUACACCAAUGGGUUCUCCUACGGAGCGCCACAAGAGGAUCACGAACUCCAAGAGUUGAAGCUUUAUGUUGAAGACCAGACUGAUGGUAUGGUUCAGUCCAUCCAGGCUUUGGUUGCUAGCAUCCGAGCCGAGCAGGAGCUGAGCAGCGUGGAGAUCCACGUCUCUGCUAUUGGCGAUGUGGUCAACAACGUGGUAUCUGCUACCGAACACCUUAUUCAAGACCGCAGUGGCGACAUUGCCCUUCGCGAGCAAUCUGAACCCGCUAUUCAGGCCCUUGAUGAAUGCCGCGGUCGACUCCUUACUACUGCUGCCGAAGGCCACCAUGCCACCACCCCCGAGCAAAUGCGCGAUGUGACCAACCAACUACCCCCUCUUGCGUUUGAGCUUGCUCGGCAGACCAAGGAGCUUGUGUCUCGCCUAGAUUCCUUGAGCCACGCUGACGACGAUGACUUCCGGUGA